AUCGCCAAGUGCGCGGCGGCUCGCGGCGCGUGGUUCGGGGCGCGGGAGGAGUGGAAGUGGCGGCAGCUUGCUGCGCUGCUGCCCGAGCGUUUCCAGGUCAGUGACGAGUUCCGGUCGCACUUGGAGGCGCCAUCGGAGAGCCGGGACUUUGCCCGAGCUUUGGUGGAAUGGGCGCUGAGCGUCCAGGCGGCUCGGAAGGGCCUUGAAUCGGGGGCCGGCGGCCUGGAGUUGCGCUACGAAGACCUGAUUCGCACGCCGGAGCAGGUGCUGGAGCAGAUAGAGGCGCUGCUUUCGCUUCCGCCGUCUCCGGAGCCCCGGCGCUUCGCCGCGGAAACGCUCAGACCCGGGCCAGGAGCCGCGGCGUCGGCGGCGGAGGCGGAGGUGCUCAAGCUUGUCGCUGGUUCGGGCAUCGAUGUCCUGCUCGGAGAG